AUGGACAAGGUUCCACCAGGUUACUGGAAAACAUUAUUAGAAUUAUCAACUUCUGUUGCCGAUACUGCGGAACAUCCGGAGAACAGCACUCCUUCUACGAGUGGAGUAACAGCACCAGUAGAUCAGAAUAACCAAGCAUGGCUAGAAGAAGUUAUGGCAGAUCUGGUGAAGAAAACAGAUCCUUCUAAGCAACUAAGCAUUUGCCUAGACACACUGGAAACUUUUCAAAAAAUUCAGAACGUCACAGAUGAGGUUGUAGAUAGGAUUGAGGAAGUGGCGAAUGCUCUGAUAGAUCUACUAUCUUUCGCUGAUUUGACUCGUCAAUUUGCUGAUGAGAAAGGAUUUGAGUUGGUUACUCAUUUCAUGAAGCCAUCAUAUCCUGAAAAAGUCCAAAUCUUAUUCGGUGAUGCUAUUCUUACAUUGGCUGAUAACAAUCCACUAGCGCAAGAGGCUAUCUCUAAUUUUGGUUUACUCGAAGCAGUGAUGGAAGCUGUACUUGAAACUUCUAGGGAUAAAGCUGUUCGUCUUAAACUGCUCGGAAUUAUUUGUGCUUCUGUUGGCUCACAUCCACCUUCCUAUCAACGAUUCUUGGAUUUCGGAGGAAAAGAAAUGCUGACCACUCUCUACAAGGAUGAAGACAUUGAUGUUGCCUUGAAAGCUGCUAGAAUUACUUGUACUAUCGCCUUCACUUAUUCCGAUAACAAGGAGUUGGUUGACAGUAUAUACGAUCAGAUUUGUGAUGGAUAUAUCACCAGUUUAACCCGCGCACCUGAUAAAGGAAUUAAUGAGAUUAAAUACAUGAAUAGUUUCCUUCGUAGCGCAAACAUGAAGGCGUACGAGUUUCCCGAAAUUAUCAGGGAGAGUGUAGAAGCGGACAAAGACAUUGAAAAAGAUGAAAAUACUGAAGAUCAAGAUGAAGAAGUAUGCAACGUUUCGAGUGCUCUGGAAGCUCUAUAG